UAUGGGGCCAGUGCUCUCAUUGUUUCCACAUCCAUUGCAUCAUGAAAUGGUUAAAUUCACAACAAGUAAAUCACCAGUGUCCCAUGUGUCGUCAGGAUUGGAAAUUUAAAGAAUGAUCAUUGUAAUUCCUAAAUGGAAUAGGAUGGAAAUUUUGUCAAUUGGAUUCUUUGUAAGUGUGUAAAUGUAAGACAUUUUAAAAUUAUAGAUAAUACAUUAAGAGAAGAAUGUUUAUUAUAAUUUUUGUCUGUUUGAGAAAAGUAAUAUAUUAUGCAUCUGUUAUUUCAGUCUUGCUGAUGAGUUAAGUGAGUGACUAAUUAUGACUGUGAGGUAUUUUAAUGAGACUCAGAUUUUCUCCAUUGUUUGAAGAAACUUUUAUUUUGUUAGCAUAAUCUUCAAAAUGGCCAUUGUAACCAUUUUUUAUUUAGUUAUUGUCAUGUCUAAAAUACCAAUGUUGUUUAUAUUUUUUUGAUAAAUUUUCUUGUUUGUGUAUUAUGCAGAAAAGAUCAAGAUUCCUUUGUAUUGCAUGUUCAGGCCAGCUUAGGAGUUCGUAACUCUUGCAUUUGAAAUCUCAGUCGUUUUCAUUUCAUUGCGUGCCUUUAGCAAUGUUGAGAGACAACUGGAGACUGAUACUUUCAAAAGAAACAAGUGGUCUGUAGCUGCUUCUUGUUAAGAAAUGUUUGUUUGUAAUGUUUAUGGUAUUUUUUUUUAAUAUUUAAUAAAAUUGUAAACAUGUAUUUGCCACAUUGUUUUGUAUUUCUCUCCCACGUAUUUGAUCUGCAGGGAUUAGGAUUAAUACGUUUAGUUUGUACUUUUAAUUAUUUUUUUUUUCCUUGAUGUCAUUUUAAGAACUUUAAGCUCUGAAAUAUAUUACAAGAAUAUUAUAUUUCUCAUGUUCAUAAUAUGUGAGAAAUUUAAGUAGAAAUAAUAGUU